UAAAUCUUUCUAAUCAGUUUUCAUGUUCCACAGUUCAAAGCAGAAUCCUAAACUAUGUCAACAAUCCCCACCCUGGUAACCCCCAAUAGCAGCACGUCAAUGGCCCCCACCUUCUUGCUGGUGGCCAUGCCAGGCCUGUCAGCUGCACCGUCCUGGUGGGCCCUGCCACUCCUCGCUGUCUACCUGCUCUCUGUCCUGGGCAACAGUACCGUCCUCUGGAUCAUUGCUCUGGAACCUGCCCUGCGCCGCCCAAUGCACUUCUUCCUCUUCUUGCUCAGUGUGUGUGACGUUGGCCUAGCCACAGCCCUGAUGCCUACACUGCUGGGCCUCGCCCUUGCUGACGCACACACUGUGCCUGCCUCAGCCUGCCUUCUACAGAUGUUCUUUGUCCACGUCUUUUCCGUCAUGGAGUCCUCUGUCUUGCUCGCCAUGGCCGUCGAUCGGGCACUGGCCAUUUGCCGCCCUCUCCACUACCCAGCACUCCUGACCAACAGUGUCAUCAGCAAGAUCAGCCUGGCCAUUGUUUUCCGAUGCCUGGGUCUCCAUCUGCCCCUGCCAUUCCUCCUGGCCCAGAUGCCUUACUGCCGCCCACAGGUCCUGACACAUUCUUACUGCUUGCACCCUGAUGUGGCUCGCUUGGCUUGCCCAGGAGCUUGGGGUGCACUCUACAGCCUCUUCGUGGUCCUGUCAGCCAUGGGACUGGAUCCCCUGCUUAUUCUCCUCUCCUAUGGCCUGAUUGGCAGAGGUUUGCAAGGUGUGGGGCCCAAGGAAGAUCGCUGGAAGGCUGGGCAAACCUGCGCUGCCCACCUCUCUGCUGUGCUCCUCUUCUACAUCCCCAUGAUCCUCCUGGCUCUCAUUAACAGCCUGAAGCUGCCAAUCCCUCAGCAUGUCCAUACUCUUCUCUCCUAUGUCCACUUCCUGCUUCCUCCACUGAUGAACCCUGUGCUCUACAGUGUCAAAAUGAAGGAGAUCAGAGAGAGAAUACUCAAGAGGUUACAGCCUGGGAAGAUGGGUUGUAGUCAGUGAGGAGGAUGUCCCUCACGUUUAGUGCUACAGGGC